AUGGUUCGUGUCUACAAGCUGGAUAGACUGAAAAUGACUAAAGAGCUACUGGCCAUUGAGAAGUCAGCAGCAAUAUGCAGGAGAGACAACUUCGACAAGUACAAGUACCCUUGUUUUUGGGAUCCUGACGUACCGUCCAUUGUUGAGGGGUACAAGCCUGUUGUGAUUGGUCACGUGAGCCGAGCUAAAGCUAAGGAACCUGCACCGAUGCUGUACGGAGAGGAGCCCAGCGCUUUCCUGCCACCCACAAGGGACCAUGGCAACCUGCGGAGGUGCAGCAGUGAGAGCAGUCUGGAGUCCAAUCUUGAUACUGCUAGUCAGAUCAUGGAGGGGAUCAGGAGGAUCCAAGUGGAGGCGUGCUCGAGGCAACCCAAGCAACUGGUUAAGAAAGUGAUAACCAUGGGGAGAUUUGUGAAUGAGUUUGAGUGGCUAGACACCAAGCACACUCAGUGGUUUAUGGAUAACACAGUGAAGGUGUUUCAUAAGAAUCUCAUGGCUGAUAUGAGGAGAGAGGCUGAGAAAGAGCGGUUAGAAAAGGUCAUGUUGCUUGCUGAGAGAAAUAAAGGUUUCAACACAGAUGUCUACAGAAGAUCGCUCAACGUUGUUGACAAGGACGUCAAAUACUCCGAGAAAGAGGGUCGGUUACUAGCAAAGAGUCUGGACAUACUAUCUAAAGAUGCAAGAAGAGUGUCCAGAAACAUGGAUGCUGAGCAGAGAAACUUGAUAAGACGCUCCACCAGCGUUCAUGCAAAGACCGAUAUCUCGUAUUCAAGUAGAAGAAUAACUCUAUCAGAAUCACCCUCCUCGAUGCCUCAUACCAACCUUUAUGGUGAAGCUAACACCUUUACUAACAGCUGUUCUAACCUCAGUAGGUACAGCUACCGCUCACAGUCACCAGAAGAUCCUGUCAGGAAGAUCUCCGGGUCCUCCAAGUACUCGGACAACAUGAUGAAUGACCUUCGUUUAAUAGCCAACCGAGCACUGUCUGACCUGGACAAGACCAAACCUACUGGUCGAGACCGGAGCAAUAGUUGGGGUAUAAUAAAAAGGGAGUCAAUGAAGGAGCGGAAGAACAGUAAAGCUGACAACUUACUACAGCAGAAUAUCUCUAGGUGGCACAAUAGUUACCAGCGAGCUGCUAAUACUUCUCCAGGCUCGAAUGAAUCCCUAAAAAUGAACAAAGCCUUAGAUAGGAGCAGAAAAACGGGCUACACAGCGGAUAUGAACAGAUCCUAUAGUUGCGACCUGCCCCGGAUUGAGGGAGAUCGUCCCCCGUCCAGACUCUCACGUCGCUCUGAACCCGUUAUAGCGCUAAACAAGUACAGUCCUCACCAUGAUGUGUACUUACCCAAUAUCGGGAAGUGAGGGGCAUGUUAUUAGAAAUAGGAUUAUAGUUUAUAGUUGUACAGUGUUGUGUUUAACUAGGUUUAGUUUGAAAUAUUUGUGCCUGCUUAAUAAUAAUUAGAGUUUGAAGAACUUUAAGAGUUUGGUUUAAUCCAGAUAUAGCUUUAGCUAUAUUAUGAUAGUUUUUAGUAAUGUGUAUUAAAAACUGUAUUUAAGUAUUAAUAUAGCUUUAGAACGUGUUUUAUAUGUAUGAUGAUUACAUGGAAUUGGAAUUUGUCCAGAUAGACCCUUUGGCCCGGGUCCUAUUUGCUAUAAUGGCCCGCAAACAAAGAGUCAGUCUUUUUGUGAACCGGAAGUGUAGCAACGUGUGUAUGUAAGUAUGUGUGUGUUUAUACCUGAGUCUCUGCGAGACAAGCAGGAACCCGUCUAACGUCCUAAAGUGGUGAGACAACAAUACAAGGAGCCGUAAUUUUGAAUGAGCAAGCCUUGGUCACGUGACAGGCAUGUUAAAUUUAAACAUAUAAUCAGGCCUACAAAUACAUCUUUUGACAAUGAUAAAUGUAUCAUUAGACGCGGGCUCCUAGUAGGUUACUAUUUACGUGUUUAUUGUUAAAAUGAAAUAUUGCUCGCUCGGUAUCUCGCUGUAAACUCUGAUAUAUAAAUUCGUGGUUUAAUAACAUAUUUUGUUGAUAUACUCAAUACUCACAUACGCCGUGCUACUUGAC